AUGUCAAGACUAAGUCUACAUCAACAGUUCUGUGCCCUUGACAACAGCUUCAAACAACUACCAAUCGAUCUAUUGACCUCACUCAUUCGAUUCCUCUCUCAUGAAUCAACGGACUUAACAUAUGAUCUACAUCUGAUGCUUUAUAAUUAUAUGUUGACAUUGUUCUCGACAGAGAUGUAUAGACCAAUAACAACUACAACAAUGAUGUUGCGAGAUGAUGAUGAUGAUGAUGAUGACGACAAACAAAGGAUUGAAAGCAAUGUAUUCUUGACAUUACUGAUGAGGAUGUACACUGACAAGCUGAUACCUGAAAACGAUAUAUAUAUAUUCAUCAAACAACUCUAUGUCAACAUCACAACCGACAAGCCAAGACCAAAUGCUUCCAAUGGUCUAUUGAACUCAAUUGGCAAUGCUGCAUCUUACCUGUUACUCAUACCUUGGAGCGCAUAUCGAUACUUCUUCCCGCCUGGAGACGGUACAUCAAGGUCAGGUCCACUGUCGGACCUCUCCCUCUUGACACUCCUGGCCAUCACUCAAUAUCACAAUCCACCAAAUGGCAAUCCAUUCAGAAGGCUUACGAACUCAAUCCAAGAUACAUUAUUCGUAGACCUAGACACAUCUGGAUCGUCAUCACCUAACAACAACCGAUUUAUAAUUGCCAUUUCAAUGUCGACACUUUAUGAGCGCAUAAUAAUCUCACCAUCAUCCGAUAAGAACCUCCUACUACUCUAUUAUUUAUUGUUGGAUAAUCCCAACUUCUUUAGAUAUGUUCAAUCCAGAACUGAUAUAGACUCACUGGUACUACCAUUGUUACAAGUUCUAUAUAGUUCAUUCGAGGAGAAGCCUCAACAAGUGUAUAUGAUCCUUAUUAUAAUACUUAUCCUUUCACAGGACACCUUAUUCAAUGCAAAUGUUCAUUCAUUGGUCAUUCAUCAAGUACUCUGGUAUAAGGAAAGAUUGUUAAAGGAUAUAUCAUUGGGAGGAUUGUUGAUGGUUGUACUGAUCAAAUCCAUAUUGUUCAAUCUUUCAAAGCUGAGGGAUGUCAACCUACAUAUGAACUGUCUAGCGAUACUUGCCAACCUCUCAUCAAACAUUGCACAAAUACAUCCAUACCCUGCCACCAGACUGGUAAAGUUGUUGGAAGUACUAACUCAUCGAUUCAUUAAGCUUAAGAAGGUAUUAUCAUCAUCACCUCAGAUGUAUUCAGCAGCUGGUGAUAAUGGAGACAACCACAACAAUAAUAAUAGUCAGUUGGAGAUAUCAAUCACAGACAUCAACUCUGGAGAACUACAGACACACUUUGACUUCCUACAUACAAUAUUACAGAUUGUCAACAACACAUUGACUUACCGAGCCACCUCCAAUCUUCACUUGAUCUAUUCACUACUCCAUCACAGCGAGUACUUGUCCGACUUGGUGGCAACCAACGAUGAGAUGUUAUCAGACAUCUCGACCAAUAUACUUAAUAUAUUAUCAUUCUUCACAAAUGAACUAGCGGCUGAAAAGACAACUGAGGACUGGUCUACAGAGAGAAUACUAUCAUUCCUCGAGACAAAGUCCAAGCAGAUGUUGAUACCGCCAUCCAAUCCGGAGGGCAUUCUUCGUUUCCAAUACGAAGAGGUCAGCGACAGCUAUGAGUUCAUCACCCCAUACAUGUGGACAAUAAUCUACAACUUUAUGGGACGCAAAUGGGAUGCAAACAAUAUAACAUUGUUCCAGAUACAUCAUACUUCAUCAUUGUCAGAUCCAUUACCACUUGAGACCUCAGAAGGUGUUAUUGGCACAACAAAGAACAUAACAGAGUCUGCAAUAAAUAUAUGA